AUGUUGACCAUACCAUUUGAGGAGCCUGACAUGAUGUGCGAACCCCAGUUUGGUGCCAGUUUUCCCCGUGAGAGCGUCAACGAAAGCAUGAAACAAGACCGAUUCAUGCGAAGACUUGAAAACACUUCAAACCCAGAUCUAAAAGAAACGGAGGAUGAAAUUUCAGAAAAGGAGGAGGAAGACAAGGAGGAAGAACACGAUGAGAACGUAAUGUCAAAAAGGCGAGGGCAACGCAAAAAGAAAACAUCAGAUGGUCAAAAUGACAGGGUGAAACUGCGACGUAUGGAAGCCAACGCACGUGAGCGGAGCCGCAUGCAUGGGCUUAACGAUGCACUAGAGAGCUUGCGAAAGGUCGUGCCUUGCUAUUCCAAAACGCAGAAGCUGUCCAAAAUAGAGACUCUGAGGCUGGCGAAAAAUUACAUCUGGGCCCUUUCAGAAACCCUGAGCGCCGGCAAAAGACCCGAUCUUCUCGCCUUUGUACAGACUCUCUGUAAAGGAUUAUCUCAGCCGACGACCAAUUUAGUGGCAGGUUGCCUACAGCUCAAUGCUCGAAAUUUCCUUACUGACCACAAUGGGGAGGUCUCUUUCGCUGGCAGGCCUUCCUAUGACACUCUUUAUCCAUACGCGAGCUCUGAGAUGGGCACGCCCCCUGGCCACAUCAGUAGUACCAUGGACAGUGCCAAACCUUUCCGACCCUUCAACUACUGCAGUGCUUACGAAUCAUUCUUUGAAAGUCCGUCUCCCGAAGGUGGCAGUCCACGCUUUGACGGGCCGCUUAGUCCCCCUAUGAACUUUAACGGGAUAUUCUCUGUUAAAAAACACGAUGAACCAGCUGAGUAUGGUAAGAACUUUCACUACGGCAUGAGGUACUGCGGUGUGCCUGCAAGAAGCUCUCUUGGCCACAAUUCAAUGUAUAGAGUCUCCCCCGAUAGUCAUUUCCCGUAUGACUUGCAUCUUCGCAGCCAGUCCUUCCAAACGCAGGACGAAUUAAAUACGACUUUUCAUAAUUAA